UCUCCAUCAACUGCGCCAUGGAGUCAUCGGCCAGGAAGCGUCAUCCAAAGGGACGCAGCAAAGAUAAUGUUAUCCAAGGAGUUGGAGGUGUGGACGACACAGAAGAUAAACCAAACAACCCCAAAAUAAAUUUUAAUUCUUAUGCUCUAUUUUCUGUGUAUCUAGGGACAGCGAUGCUCAUUUAUUUGUUAAUGUAUCUACUGUUUCACAGUUUCCCAACACCUUUAAAAGGGGAAGCUUGUUUAUCAGAAAAACUAUUUUGUGAAGAAAGAGCAAGAUUCCACUUGGAAAACAUCACUAAUUUCGGACCCCGUGUCGCUGGGAGCUAUGCAAAUGAAGUAAAGGCAAAAGAUUAUUUAAUGAAGGAAGUUAGGAAAAUUCAGGAACAACUUCAUGCAUCAAAGAAAAUGGAAAUAGAUUUGCAAAUUACAUCUGGUUCUUUUCACCUAGUUAACUUUAUACAAACUAACUUUUACAGCGUAUACAGAAAUAUGCAAAAUAUUGUUGUAAAAAUAUCAGAGCAAGAAGAGUCAGAAGAUAGUUUUCUUAUCAAUUGUCACCAUGACAGUGUUUCAUCUAGUCCAGGAGCUGGAGAUAAUGCAGUUAGCUGUUCAGUAAUGCUAGAAAUCAUACGAAUAAUUUCUAGAUCACCCUUUAAGCUCAAACACAAUGUCAUUUUUCUGUUCAAUGGAGCAGAAGAAAACAUGUUGCAGGCUAGUCAUGGAUUUAUUACUCAACAUAAGUGGGUCAAAUCUAUAAAGACUGUGAUAAAUUUAGACUCAGCAGGUGCUGGGGGCUGGGAAGUAGUUUUCCAGACAGGGCCUGAACAUCCAUGGCUGGUUGCAGCAUAUGCAGAAUCAGUGCCUCAUCCAUUCGGUUCUGUUAUUGGUCAGGAGUUCUUUGAACUUGGAUUAAUUCCUUCAGAUACAGACUUCAGAAUUUUUAGAGACUUUGGUAGAAUCCCAGGAUUGGAUAUCGCACACAUUGCCAAUGGAUAUAUCUACCACACAAUGUAUGAUCAGCCAAAGUAUAUACCCUCUGGGUGUCUUCAGCGAGCAGGCGAUAAUCUCUUGGCAUUGAUUCUGAAGCUGGCAUCCAAUCCUAAACUGGCAGAUCCGGGUCUAGACAGACAUGGAUCAAUGAUUUUCAUUGACGUCUUUGGAAUCUUCAUGGUCCACUAUCCCCUGAGAAUCGGACAGAUUCUGAAUUAUCUGGCUGUCGUUUUGUGUUUCCUUCACAUUUAUAAAACAUCAGCAAGAUAUUCUAUGAAAGAGUUGAAUGCCUGGUCCUAUGUGCUGUUGGUACUGUGCUUUGUGCUGACCUCCCUGUUGUCCUGGGUGCUGUGCAUACUUUUGUUGGCCAGUUUUGGGCUGAUAACGAGCAUGUCGGUACGAGCAAUGUUCUGGUUCACCCACAACACCAACAUCUUCUCUGUGUUUGUGGUCCCAUCCCUUGCGGUGAUUCUGCGUCUACAUCAGUAUUUUAGAGAUUACUUAUGGAAGAAAAUAAGUCCAUCUAUAAAAGAAGAAAUCCACUUUGAUGCGUCCCUUGUGAUAUGGUCCAUAUUCACCGUCUUACUGACUGCAGCUGGACUGGCCUCAGCCUUUUUGCCUAUGUUAUGGAUACUACCACCUCUAGUCAUUAGGGAAUAUGUUGCAUAUUACAUCAAACCAGACUGGCAAUCCUCACCCCUUUCCUAUCUUCUUGUCACCCUUAGCAGUAUAGCAAUACCAACCCUGAUUAUGAUGGAGAUUUUCUUUGGAAUGUUCUCACUGCUUGUGCCAAUCAUGGGCCGUUCUGGCACAUCCUUGCCUCCUGAUGUGGCCAUUGCAGUCAUCACUAGUCUGUUUGUCUGUCUGUACAGUCAGUAUUUGGUUGGAGCAACAUAUUUAUGCAGCAAUAUGAAAUCCUUCCUAGUGUUUCUAACCUCCUGUUUUGUUGUUGGUGUACUAGUAGUAAUCUUCACACCGCUGGGAUUUCCCUUUAGUGGUAAUCCAAACGGUCCAUCUCCUAAAAGAGUUCUACCAUUUCAUAUGCAUAGGAAAUUCCAUGAUAAAAAUGGUCUCUUAGUAAAGGAAGACAGUGGACUUUGGAAUCUUCCAAUGGAUUACAUAGGAGCAGACUUAUUUCAUGAUAAUGAAUUCAUUAAGAAAUCUCAGCGUAAGGAAUGCGAUGGACCUAACUGUGGUCUGCCAUAUCUUAUUCCAAUCGGCCAUAUGUUGGACCCCAGCCUGUCCCUUUACUUCAUGAAUAACGAGGACCCAGAUGUAAACCCUUUGGUGAAGUUAAAGCUAAUAGAAAGAAGAAAUGUGCUACCAGAGAUUGAAAGAUUCACAUUCCAAGCAUUGGGACCUGACCAUAUGACCAUGUAUAUUGUGCCUCCAUCUGGUGUCCAGUUGGUUGAUUGGUCCAUUGACCGAGGACAUCCCACACCAGUGUCACAAAGAAAAGGAACCAAUGAAACCCUUUACUUUGUGUAUUACUCUCAUGGACUACAACCUGAUACUCCAUGGGAAUUCUACCUUGAUUUUAAGAUGGCAGAAAAAACAGACAUAGUUACAGAAAUUGUCAUGUGUGGUCAUUAUCUCCAUGGCGACCAGCACAUAACACCACUCUUACAACGAUUUAUACACAGUCUUCCUGACUGGGCAGCCCCAAAUCCCUGGGUCGUCACUUACAAUUUGUACCAGUUUUGAUUGGUGAGAGAAGAAUGCUAAAAAUAUAAUGGACCAUAGAACUUGGGCCUUUUUGAUCAAUUUUUACAUUUUAUUAGAUUUAUUUUUAUUGUAAAUAAGGGGAAUUUUUCAAUUGAUGGGCUUUUCCCAUUAAUACUUACCGUACAUUUUCUUUGAAGACUU